UGUUCCUUUAUUUGCUCUCCCUGCCUCUCUGCAUCCCUCCUCCCUCCCAUCACUUGGGCGUUGCUUAGAUGACUAUAAAGUGUUGAAUAAACUUUCAGUCAGCCCACGUCUAACUCCACUGAAGCUCUGCCACAGUUUCUGCACCCUUGUGAUCCGCACUCAUUUCUGCAGCCAUGACUGACUUGGAGAAAUCCAUGGAGUCCAUGAUAACCGUGUUCAACAAGUAUGCCCAUGAUGGCAAACAUGGAAAGGCCUUAACAAAGAAAGAACUAAGAAAACUAAUUGAGGCUGAGCUUCCCAACUUCCUGAAAACGCAGAAGAAUCCCAACACCGUGGACAAUAUCAUGAAGGAUCUGGACCACAGCAAAGAUGAUGUCUUGGACUUUGAAGAAUUUAUGCCAUUCAUCGCCGGCCUCACAAUGGCCUGUGAAAAAUAUUGCUCCAUGAGUGCUAAAAAGAAGUGAAAGAACUAUAUACUGUAAGAGAAAAUAAUGCUUGUCUUUUUUUUUCUUUUUUUUUGUAAGAGAUAAAGUUGAUUGUGUUGCACAUCUGUGUGCCGGAUUUACAAGUAAAAACUGCUUUUGACAAAAUUUC